UGUUAGAAGAGGAAGAUCGAAAUGAGGAUACUAAGUCCUGGUAUGCACCGAGGCUUGAGCCGAUAACCACCUUUUUAGCCAACGUCACGAGGUGGAUAGAUUCAAUUGAAAAUCGUUUGCAUGAAGUUACCGUUUCCUAUACUGGAUUGGAAAAUAGUCCUGAUAUCAGUGUCAGGCCUACGGAGGAAGAUAGGCUGUCCUUGAGAAGCACUAGCUCUGUUUCAUCCACGACAUCUGUGCGCAUCUGUGCAGAGGCAGACAGAGAAGCACUACUCGUUAAGGCUGCAGCUUUACAGAAAAAGCAUGCGUUAGAGGAUGAGCAAGAUGAACUGAGAAAGGAGGAAGAUGAGCUGAGAAAGAGAAAGGAGCUCAGCAGAAAGAGAAUGGAGGCUCAUGACUUACAAGCUGAAUUGUCUGCAACUACAGCCAAAAUUAACUAUCUCAGAAAUGCUGAAGCACAAGCUGUUGAUACAACAUUCAAUGCAUUUAACCAUACAGAAUUUAAUGCAAUGAAUUCGUAUUAUGAGGAGAAUAUUGAAAGGAUUUCUGAGCCAAUUGCUGAACAGACUGUAAGAAAUACAAGGCCUAAAGAUGGGGUUCAUGUGCAAUUCCCUGUUUUGACCACAACAGCUAGAACACCUAGAAUACCUAGAAUGCCAUCUCUUUCACCGUCUUUCAGUACUGCUAGACCAGUGCAUGACCAGAGCCACGCUCUCCAGAAUAUGUCUUUAGAGAGCUUUUCAGUUCCACAGGGAGGACAGGUACCUGACAAUCUUACCAAAAUUCUGGAAAAGCAAAAUCAGUUGACAAGUCUCCUAGUGAAACAACAAUUGUUACAUACUUUGCCAAAAGGAGAUCUUGCAGUUUUUGAUGGUAAUAUUUUACAGUACAAUUCCUUUAUUCAUUCCUUUGAACACAUCAUUGAAAGUAGAACAGACAACAACCAAGACAGACUACAAUUUCUCAUCCAGUAUACAAAAGGACAAGCUCAGCAGCUUGUCAAAAGUUGUCAAUUCAUGGAUGCAAAUAGAGGCUAUAUAAAAGCAAGGCAAUUGCUUAACGAGCAUUUUGGAAAUGGCUACAGAAUCUCGUGUGCCUACAUUGAAAAGGCCCUUGCGUGGCCAGUGAUCAAAUUAGAGGAACCAAGAGCUUUGCAGGACUUUGCAUUGUUUUUGAGAAGUUGCUGCAAUGCCAUGGAACAACUUCAGUACAUGGAGGAGUUAGACACAAUUUCUAACAUGAGAAAAAUCAUUUUCAUAUUACCAUAUAAGUUAAGAGAAAGAUGGCGCUCAAAGGCUUGCGAAAUACAACAACGUGAUAUCAGAGUGAGAAUGGCUGACCUGGUAUCUUUCAUUGAAAAACAAGCUUCCAUUGUCUCAGAUCCAGUUUUUGGUGACAUUCAGGAGCCUAGCUCCAGCAGGGUCACAUCCAGACCCCCAGUGAAGGCACGUCCUACAGGUAGUUUUGCUACACAAGUUGACGUGAAGCCGAUUCAGCGGACGUCAGAGGAAACCAGGACACGAGACCAACCAAGAGCAAACCAAAACAUGGUGCCAGAUAAAGCAUGUCUCUUCUGCAAUGGUAAGCAUGAGCUCAUGACAUGUGUUCAGUUUGAUUCAAGACCACAUGAAGAGAAAAUUGAAUUUGUAAUGCAGAAUGGAGUCUGCUUUGGAUGUCUGGCAAAGGCUGGACACAUCAGCAAGGACUGUGGGAAACGUCUCCAGUGCACCAUCUGCAACAAGCAGCAUCCAAGUGCCUUGCAUAUCAAAGAGACCACACUGAAGAGCCUGCAGGUGUCUGUCAAAGCUGAUGAACAUACUGGGGCCGAUCCUGGCAGCUCUGCUACUUUUUGCACAGAAAAUCUCCUGAACAAGCUGAACAUCAGAGGAAAAAGGACUAACAUCCUCUUAAGGACAAUGAACCAAGAACAAUCUGUGAUUACCUACAUGGCAAAUGGAAUAGAGGUUAGUGCAUUGAACGAAAACAAUUUUAUUGCACUCCCUGAGGUGUACACACAAAAGAGUAUGCCUGUAGACACCGACAGCAUUCUAAAGACAGAAGAGCUAGCUAGGUGGCCUUACUUGAGUGAGAUCCAGAUCCCGAAAAUCAAGGCUGAAGUGGAGCUGUUGAUUGGCAACAAUGCUCCCAAAGCAAUUGAACCAUGGGAAAUAAUAAAUAGUCGUGAAAAUGGGCCAUAUGCUGUGAAGACCCUAUUGGGAUGGGUUGUUAAUGGUCCUCUAGAUGACAGUGUCGUGACAGACAGCAGUGGGCAUCAGAAAGUUACUGUCAACAGAACAUCAGUUGCAAAGCUGGAAGAUUUGAUUGUACAACAGUACAAUCAUGAGUUCAAUGAGAAAUUAGAUGACAAAGAAAUGUCAAUAGAGGAUAAAAGAUUGAUCAAAAUUGCAGAGCAGUGCCUAAUAGGCCUGAAAAGGAAGUUAAAAAGAAAUGAAACAUUCAGAAAUGAGUACACAGAGUUUAUGGAGGAUGUGAUCAGCAAUGGACAUGCUGAAGUGGUGCCACAAGCUGAACUUGAAAGAGAAGACGGCAAGUCUCUUGAAACAGAAAAUGAAGCCGUCGACCUGGUGACAGACCUUACCUGUGUUUGCCACAAGGGAGGAAUCCAUCUAACCAAAUGGGUGAGUAACAGUCGCACUGUACUGUCUCAUAUCCCCAAAGAAGACCGAGCGACUGAAAUGAAAGAACUUCAUUUGGACAGGGACAAACUCCCUACAGAAAGAGCCCAUCCUGCUUUCCCCCUGGACUAUUUCAGAAGUAAGGCACUAAUUGUCUAUAGCAUAAAGGUGUGCCAGGCCAAGGAGAGUGGAGAGUUCCGGCCUGCGAAUACCAUUAUUGACC